CUUGGCCUGAGAGGUGGAUUUAUUUUACAAUUUGAGGACCCUGCGUUCAAGGAUCAGCUGACCAAUUUGACCGACAUCCGAGACCUUCCUGAGGAUAGAGCAACAUUGAAAGUGUUGUUCACAACUGAUGCAGCUUGCUCGGAUUCCACAUUGGAUACAGCCAGCCUUCCAUCUCUCAGUAGUGGGGAAUCUGACUCUCAGCUCUGGCCUGAGCCCUUCCCAAUUCCAGAGUUCUCGCAUGAUGUUGAACUCACACUGCAAGAAGCAAAUGGAAGAUAUGCAAAAGAUGGAUCUGUGCUGAUGAUUCCUAAAGGUAUGAAAACUGAUAUCCUGGACACACUUGCAGACAGCAUGUCAAAGAUUAGUCCUUAUCCUGAGAGGCAACACUAUGAAAAUGUUGCCAAAGCGCUUGUGGAGAAGCAUCCCAGUCUAAAAGAGCCAGGGUCUGGAAAAGGUUGGUACGGCUGGUUCCACAGCCUGAAGUUUAAGCUCGGAAACUAUAGACAAAAGUUAAGUGCAGCUGGAUGCCCGGAGGUGAGGGUCAACAAAAGAAAAGGAGAAGAAGCCAAGGGACCACGGAUGAAGAAGUCAAAGAAGGGUGAGGUCCACUACUGUCCAGAUCCCCCUGAAGGACUGAGUGAUGAAGACAUGGAAGAAAAGCGGAGGAUGAUGGAGGUGGAAGUGCUGAAAAAAGACCUAGAUCACCAGCAGAUAGAUAACCUGAUGUCUGACACGUUCUCCAAGCGCAGAAAGGAGAUCGUAGGGGAUCAACCUCUCAUUGGGGAUGUCAUGGCUAGAUGGCCGGCCAUGUUCUGUGAGAGACAGGUUCGGGCAGAGUUCAAAAGAGUCGUAAGCACAGACCUUCUCGAAUCGUUUCUCGACGGACUUGAUGACCUGGCACCAAGACUGCUGGAAGUGUACGAAGCUGCGACAAAGUCGGCAAAGAAGCCUGCACUGAAAGCCAUUUUGGACUGUCUGAAGAAAGACGACACAAACGAAAGGAGAAGGACUGCUGCUCUGCUGGGUCUGCCACACUACCUAAGAGAAGAGCCAUCAGACAUCAUCAGGAUGUGUGAUGCCCAUGGUGAGACUCUUGCUGAAGCCAUGGAGGGGAUGCAACUUGGCCUGUUGAUAGGCUACGAAGGUGACAACCAGGAUGCCUUUCCACAUGAGAUCUUCAAUGUGGCUGUUGUGGUUGAGGAGACUGUUGUGCUUCACAACUUCAAGGAUGUGCCAUCGAGCUUUGCCAUGCUUUUGGGGAUUAUCUACUGUGUGAACCUUGAGUAUCCACAAGCCAUGAAGUAUUCUUUUGAAUUCCUUCAGAGGGUAGUGAUGAAGAUCAAACCAGAUCAAGCUUCUGCCAGAGUCCACGGCAUUCAAAACAAGCUCCUGAGGUAUAAUUUGUAAACAAUGCUACACCUGAGAAUGGUUUGGAAUUCUUUUCUUUUUUUCUUCUUUUUCCAUUUGUUUCUGUUGAAAUGCAAGCCAAAGUUGAAGGCAAAAGCAAGCAAACAGGAGAGGAGCCCUGUUUUUUGUUGUUGUUGUUUUUUUUGGACUUGAUCCAUUUGCUUUUGUUGGACUGAA